CACGCACUGAGCGCUCCGUGUGAAAGAGUGAGCACGCGCGAUUUAACCCAGGAUAGAAGCAUCAGCACAUCAUGUCGGACUGACUGAAGACUCUUCGAAAUCGAUGGAUUGGUUUUGAAAUCAUUUUUGCGAAAAUAAGGUCUUUUCUGGAGCUCUGAGAGCAGGAGCGGGCGGGAAGCGACCUUCCCUUUCAAAAUGGAACUCACGAUGGAAAACAUUGGAAACAUGCACAGCGUUUCGCACUCGCAGGCGGGGGACUUGAUGAAUUCCUCUCACUGCAGACCGUCAUCGGCUUCCCACCGGAACUUGGUAUCCCACGGACGUUCGGCGAUGGUGUCCAGCAUGGCUUCGAUCCUGGAAGGCGCCGGUGAGUACCGGAGCGACCCCGCACUGUCCGGUCACCUCCACCCGGCCAUGACCAUGUGCGAGUCGGGAAUGAGUUUGUCCAACUCGUACACCACCCUCACCCCUCUUCAGCACCUGCCGCCGAUCUCCACGGUCUCCGACAAGUUCCACCAUGGCCACCCUCAUCCGCAUCACCACGCCGCGCACCAGCGCCUCGCCACCGGCAACGUCAGCGGAAGCUUUACGCUCAUGCGGGACGAUCGCGGCCUGGCCUCCAUGGGCAACUUAUACGGCCACUAUCCCAAAGACAUGUCCGGUAUGGGCCAGCCGCUGUCCCCGCUCUCCAACGGCCUCGGUUCCCUGCACAAUUCCCAGCAGGCGCUUUCGGCGUACGGGCCCGGCGCGCACCUGCCCAACGACAAGAUGCUCUCGCCGGGAGGCUUCGAGUCGCACGCGGCGAUGCUUUCGCGGAGCGAGGAGCAUCUCGCUCGGAGUUUAGGGGGCCACGGGCACGGCAUGAUCUCUAACCUCAACGGCAUGCACCCCCACAGCCACAUGCACUCGCAAGCAAACGGAUCCAUGCUGUCCGACAGAGAGAGGCACGGGGCCGGGCAGAGCGGUGCUUCGGGGCAGGUGGAGGAGAUCAACACAAAGGAGGUGGCGCAGAGGAUCACGGCGGAGCUGAAGCGAUACAGCAUACCUCAAGCCAUUUUUGCCCAAAGGAUCUUGUGUCGGUCCCAGGGAACGCUGUCGGACCUCCUGCGCAACCCCAAGCCCUGGAGUAAACUCAAGUCGGGCCGGGAGACCUUCAGGAGGAUGUGGAAAUGGUUACAGGAACCAGAGUUUCAAAGGAUGUCUGCGCUAAGACUGGCAGCCUGCAAGAGAAAGGAACAAGAGCAGCACAAAGACAGAAACAUGGUGCCCAAGAAACAGCGUCUGGUCUUCACGGACCUGCAGCGACGGACGCUCAUCGCCAUCUUCAAAGAGAACAAGCGUCCCAGCAAAGAGAUGCAGAUGACCAUCUCACAGCAGCUGGGCCUGGAGCUCUCCACCGUCAGCAACUUCUUCAUGAACGCCCGCCGUCGCUGCGUGGACCGCUGGCAGGACGAGCACGCGGCCAGCCCGGUUCAGCCCGGCACCUCGGCCACCACCUUCUCCAAGGCCUGAGCGCCGGAGGGCCGGACGAACCUCUUCAAAUCCAGCAGAAGAUGAUCUACGGCGCCCAUCAAACCUCACAAACGUCCUCUUACUGAGACAAUGAGAACCCAGAACACCUUUCGGCGCUUUCAUUUUCUUUCCGUCUCUUGUGUUCGGUAUGUAUUCCUUGUCAUUUUCCUCCCGUGCUUGAUAUUUGAGCUAGACCUCAGUCUGUGGGUUAGUGAAGCUACGAUACGGAAAUUUCUCUCUCAUAGAGUAGCCGAACGGACAAAGGCAAUACGAAUUUCAGCACACGCUCCCCCUUUGAUUUGGUGCCUGACGUUGACCCCUUGUUUGACCUUGAUGAGGAUAUGAUGGCAUUGUAUGUUUUCAAGCGUGGUCGCCACAAUGUUUUCCUCAUCAGACAGAUCUCAGAUGUAUUCACUGCCAGUGUGGCUCGUUGUUCUUGCUUCAGCACAAUGAUAAAGGGAUGCAAAGAAUCAAUCAAUCCUCUGUAUCGGCCCCUAAAGAAUCAUUUUACCGUGGGGGUCUUACAGAGAUAAAUCUGCGUAGAGCAACGGCGCCACCUGCUGGACAAAUCCAUGCGUUCACCAUCUGCACCACUUCAUGCUGCCUUCAAGUCAUGCGGAAGGGUUUUUGCAGUUUACAUUUUAAAUAGACACCCUGCUGAAAAAUACUCUAAAUUAUUGUAAUGACUUUAAAGGGUUAUAAUGGGAAUCUUUACUGGUAAUGUGUUGGGUUCUAUUGGUGGGAUGUUGUGAAUGAAUUUAAAGGUUAAUGAUGACAUUUGUAAUGGAAUCAAUAACACUUUACAUUGUUAACAUAAGUAAAUGCAUUAGCUAACGUGAACUAACAAUGAGCCAUUUUUUUUAGCAUUUAUUAAUUUCCAUUAAAGGAAAAAUAAUUGUUCAUUUCGCAUUAUUUGAAUAUUAACAGAUACAACUUUUAAUUUUAAAUGUAUCAAUGAAUGCUAAAACUAACAUGAACAAAGAUGAGUGAAUGUUUGUUCGUGUAAAGCAACGCAUUCAUGUUUACAAAGAAGACCUUAUUGUGACGUGUUACAGAAUUUGUACUGGGGGUUUUUUCAGCAGGGUAUAGAAAACAAAUUAGUACAUUAUUUUAUUUUGUUAAUUUAGUUUAUUAGAGCUAACACAGAAAUGACGACUUGUUCUGAAUUUUUUAGGCAGCACUUCCCGUCAUCCUCUUCAGAAUUAAAUACACACUUUAUGUGGAUCACACACUGUAAAACAAUUUCCACAUACAAUUUAAAAAAGUAAUUUGACAGUUCUUUAAAAAGAUUUUAAUGGUUUUAAAAAUACAGUCAAACCCGUAAAAUUACAGAAAAAGACUGCACAUUUACGUUAAAGUUAUUUUACAGUUUAUUUCUGGCGCCCCAGCUGCCAGAAAAUGUACGUUUUUAACAUGAUUUCUUUUUUUUUUACAGUUUGAAAUACGACAAAUUUACAACAACAAUCGGGAAAAUGUUUUAAUAUAUAUCCUUAUGUCCUAUAAUUUUACGGGGGGGGAGUAUUUUACGGUAUAUUUCUCGUUUUUCAGUUUACAAAUAAUUUCCGGAUCUUUUUUACAGUGCGUGCUUUAAAAGCUUUCGGUCGGAGUAGAAGAAAAUGAUAGAUUUGCCCAACACAUUUCAUUUCAGUCUUGAAGGCAGUAUGAAUGGACCUGUACUGAUUUAUUGCUCUCAAACUCCAGUCCAGGUUACUGGUUUGAGCUCUUUCCGUUUUUCUUUGCAUUCAUAAGCGUUUUUCGCUUUUUCAUGUUGUGUUUUCAAACUCGCGUCCAAAGAUUCUUCCAGUUACCAAAGAGAAAACAAUCAGUAGUGAUUUAGAGAAAAAGCUGUUUUUUGUUUGUUUGUUUUUCUCCGGAUGUGCAGCUUUUAGUGGCCAAACCAAAAGGUAAAAUGUCACUGUAUGAUAAUUGUGUGCCAAUGACAGUUGCCUUAACGAUAAUCAUAUAGAGGACGUGCGCGCGCGUGCGCGCGCUCACCUCCCGUCGCGUGAAUCUGACAAAUCGCCGGAAAUCUCAUCCCCACGGCCGUCUGUUCUGGAAAGCCAAAUUUACCAAAGCUGUCCUGCGAAUGAAACUGUAAAUAUUCCUCUUCUACGCUUUUCUUUCCUCUUUCUCUCGGUUCCUCUAUAAUAAUGAUGCGGGUAAAAUAGUAACAUAGACACAACGUUUGUAUUUAAUGUCUGGACUCUUUGUGCUCUGUUGUGUGAAGAAGCACCUUGUCAACAAAUCAAUGAGAAACAAAGACUUGAAGAAGAAGAAGAAAACCAAAGCGUUGUGUGUGACGAGAGGUUGUGGAGGAAGAGAAACAGACCCCUGACAGGAGUGACCUCUGAACCUCCGCUCACCUGUAACAGCGGAUGAUGGUUCUUGUGUCAGUCGGUCCAGCAGAGGCGUCUCAUCCGGACCAUCAAAUCCUGUAUGUGUGGCCAUACAGGUAAGACAGCAGAUGUCUGUAGCACUAGAGAGCUGUCGACAGGUGAAGAUGUGUUUUUUAGCAAGGUGUCGUUACAAACAUUACAGACAUGAAGCAAAAAUGUGAAGGAAGUGAACACACACCUCAUUUGUAGUGAGAAUCAAUGUGGCUACCUCACAGAAACACAGUGGUGUGUGACACAGCCACUGAUACCAAAGAUUCUUCAGCCUGCCAGCUCAACCCACCUUCAUCAUCCUCCUCCUCAUCACUGUCCUCUUCUCUCAUCUCUCUCAACACGCACGCACGCACACACAC